AUGGCUGCUGUAAGGAUGAAUAUCAUCCAAUGUGUGUUAACGAUUGUGCUUUAUCGACUUACUUGCACUAUUGCUCAUAUUUCGUCGAUAUCUGAAACGUACACAAAACAUCACGAUCAUGUUCAGGAGAAUCCCAUACUUAUCGAAGUAUCUUGGACUAUACAUGAUUACAAUCUUCAUACUAUUCCAACUUUACAAGUUGUCACCAAUCCACUUUUAGCUCGACAAUUCUCGCCUAUCUAUAAAGAAAUAUUUGCUAAUUUGAAGCAACUUAAUGCUGAAUAUGCUCGAUAUGCUGUCUGGUUUCCUUAUCCAAAAUUAGCUAUUGCUGAACUUGAUCCUCCAUCAGGUUUGUUCCAAUGUGGAAAUGUAGGUGAAGGUUUUUCAAUAAAUCUCUCAUGUGAACAAAGUAAUGGUGUGAUAAGUAAAGUUGAUUUUGCAUCUUAUGGAACAUCAAGUGGUGCAUGUGGUCAAAUGCAACAAGGAAAAUGUCAUGCAGAAAACAGUUCAGAAAUUGUUCAAAGAGUUUGUAUUGGACAACAACAAUGUAGUAUUCCAGCGACGUCUGAUCUUUUUGGUGAUCCAUGUAAAGGAAUAAUAAAACGUUUAUUAAUUCAAGUUCAAUGUGAUCCACCACAAAACAAUACCUACUAUAACUUUACUUAUCUUGAUACAAUGUUAGAAGAUUUUCUAGAUGCUACCGAUGGUCAUUCACGUAUCAUUUCUUAUUCUACUCAACCAAAUUGGCUCUUUAAACAAGAUACACCUCAUAUCUAUCCUGAUAAUGCUUCAGUAAUUGAUUGGCAAUAUCCAGUUGGUACUCAAUUGGUUGAUGAAACUAUGCAGGAACUAGGUGAUUAUUAUGGACGUCUCUUUGCUUGGUAUAUUCGAGGUGGUUUCAUUGAUGAAUAUGGUAGAGAACAUAUAUCAAACUAUCAAUAUAAUUGGGAUUAUACAGAAAUAUUUAAUGAAGUAGAAGCUGAACAUGGUAUGACUGUUGAAUAUUAUACUCGAGCAUAUGAUGCAGUUAUUCAAGGUAUUCGAAGACAUACAAAUAAUUAUGAUAUGAAAUAUGUUGGAAUGGCUUUAGGAGGACACAAUGAAUUUGAUUGGUAUCGAUAUUUUCUUAAUCAUUCAAAUCAUGCACCCGAUAUUCCACUUGAUAUUAUUUCAUAUCAUUUCUAUGCAUUAGGUAACUCUCGAACUGAUCCAAAAGAUUGGGAAUCAUUCUUUGGUCAACUUGAUACUUUUACAUUUGAAGUUGAGCAGAUUGAAGAGAUUAGGAAAAUUCUUUCACCAGAAACACGAACUACUAUUAAUGAAUUAGGUGUUAUUCUUCCUGAUGAUAAUACACCAGGAGUACCACAAUUUCCAUUGAUUUACUGGAAUGCUGCUGCUGCACUUUAUGCUUAUGCAUGGGCAAAGAUAUCUCGAUAUGGCAUUGAUGUUGUUGGACAAAGCCACCUUAUUGGUUAUCCAGAAUUACCAGAUCUUCAACUUCAACCUCUAUAUCCAAGUGUUGGUUUGCUCAAUUGGACAACAGGAGAAGGAACAGCAAAAUAUUGGAUAACAAAACUUCUUAUUAACACAGUUGAUAUUGAUAAUGAUGAAGCAGUUGUAACACAAACAACUGAUACUAGUGGAGAAAAUAUCUUUAGCCAAGGAUUUGUUAGUAAAAAUGAUCAUCGAUGGGUAUUGAUUAUUAAUAAACGAUAUGCUAAUGUUGAUGUAUUUUUGCCUGGAUGUACUGGUGGUCGAAUGCAAAUUGUGAAUGAAGCAUCUAGUUUUGGACCUCCAACUGAAAUAACAUUGACAUUAAGUAGAAUAACAUUGAGUCCAUUUGCUGUCGCUAUUGUUCAUAUGCCUUCUGAUGACAUGGAGUGA